CUGUGAAUACCCUGCAUCUGAGAAAUCAGACCAGACUGACUCACAGGGCUCUGUGAGCCAGCGCCACCGAGGCUGCCAAAGCAUGCUGGUGCCAAGCUGUCCCACCAUGCACAGAGCCAGACCCACGCUGCUGCUGCCACUGCUGCUGGUCCUGGGUCUGCUUCUCCACCUCGCCGACGCUGAAACACCACCAAAGUUUUUAAGAACCCCCAAUGACCAAACAGGAGUGCAAGGCGGCGUGGCAUCCUUCAUCUGCCAAGCGACGGGAGAUCCACGCCCGAAGAUUGUGUGGAACAAGAAGGGGAAGAAAGUCAGCAACCAGAGAUUUGAGGUGAUUGAGUUCGACGACGGCUCUGGCUCAGUGCUCAGAAUUCAGCCAUUGCGCACGCCCCGAGACGAAGCCAUAUACGAGUGUGUCGCCUCCAACAGUGUUGGAGAGACGAGCGCGACCACCAGACUCACUGUUUUACGUGAGGAAAAAAUUGCCUCCUGGUUUCCCACCAUAGACAUGGGCCCACAGUUAAGUGUGGAGCGAACUCGCACUGCCACCAUGCUCUGUGCUGCCAGCGGCAACCCCGACCCAGACAUCUCCUGGUAAGACUUCCUCCCUGUCAACACCACCACCAACAACGGCCGCAUUAAAACUUCCCAAUCAGGAGCCCUCCAGAUAGAGCAGAGCGAAGAGUCUGACCAGGGGAAAUAUGAAUGUGUGGCAACCAACAAUGAUGGGACCCGCUACUCUGCCCCAGCUAAUCUAUACGUCAGAGAGCUCCGAGAAGUCCGCCGGGUGCCACCACGAUUCUCCAUUCCGCCUACAGACAAUGAGAUCAUGCCAGGUGGCAGCGUCAACAUCACAUGUGUGGCUGUGGGCUCUCCCAUGCCAUAUGUGAAGUGGAUGCUAGGUGCUGAAGAUCUGACGCCAGAGGAUGACAUGCCCAUUGGACGCAACGUCUUGGAGCUUACAGACGUCCGCCAGUCAGCCAACUAUACCUGUGUGGCCAUGUCCACUUUGGGUGUCAUAGAGGCUGUGGCACAGAUAACAGUCAAAGCACUGCCCAAGGCUCCUGGCAUUCCUGUGGUGACAGAGCGCACAGCCACCAGUAUAACGCUGACGUGGGACUCUGGCAAUCCUGAACCAGUAUCUUACUACAUCAUACAGCAUAAGUCCAAAUACUCAGAGGAUGUGUACAAGGAGAUCGAUGGCGUUGCCACCACUCGGUACAGUGUCGGCGGCCUCAGCCCAUACUCUGACUAUGAGUUCCGGGUGGUGGCGGUGAACAACAUUGGGCGUGGGCCACCGAGUGAGAGCAUUGAGGCCAAAACAGCUGAACAGGCACCCAGCACAGCACCGAGGCAGGUUAGAGGUCACAUGUUGAGCGCCACCACAGCAGCCAUCCACUGGGAUGAACCGGAGGAAGCUAACGGACAGAUCAUGGGCUACAGAAUCUAUUAUACAAUGGAUUCCACCCAGCACGUUAACCUCUGGGAGAAGCAAAUUGUUCGAGGGUCCAACUUUGUUACCAUCCAGGGCCUAAUCCCCAACAAGACUUACUACAUCAAGGUGCUGGCCUAUACCUCAGUAGGAGAUGGACCUCUCUCACCAGAUCUACAAAUCAUUGCCAAGACUGGAGUCCCCUCCCAGCCGACUGACUUCAAGGGAGAAGCCAAAUCAGAAACGAGUAUUACUGUCAUGGGUUGCCCCAGUAGACUGGACAGGAAAAUCAAUCUCGGAUAUGACCUGUUGUUCAAGAAGAGGGAUGACAGAGAAGAGACACGUAUUAGCUUCGAGCCUACGACUACAUUCCUACUCAAGGAACUGAAGCCCUUCACUACAUACUCAUUCCGUCUGGCUGCCCGUAGCAAACAUGGCAUUGGAGCCUACACCAAUGACAUCGCUGCUGAGACUCACCAACCAGAUCCCUCAGGACCACCUCAGGAAGUCAAGUGCCACAGCCCCGGCUCCACCAACAUCCUGGUAAGUUGGCAGCCACCUCCCACGGAAUUCCAAAACGGGAUCAUUACGAAAUACACAAUCCAAUAUGCGGCGACAGAAGGGGAUGACACUGCUGCUCGCCAAAUCUCCGACAUCCCUCCGGAAAGCUCCCACUACCUUUUGGAACACUUGGAAAAAUGGACAGAGUACCGUGUGACAGUCACGGCUCACACGGAUGUGGGAGCAGGACCGGAAAGCCUCCCACAGCGCGUCCGCACAGAGGAGGAUGUUCCUAGCGGGCCACCUCGUAAAGUUGAGGUGGAGGCUGUCAACUCCUCAUCAAUUAAAGUCAUCUGGCGUUCACCGAUGCCCACCAAGCAGCACGGUCAAAUCCGAGGAUACCAGGUGCACUAUGUCAAGAUGGUUAAUGGGGAGCCCACAGGACAGCCACUCAUCAAGGACAUCCUGAUUGAUGAUGCCCAGUGGGAAUAUGAUGAUUCAACUGAACAUGAAAUGAUCAUCGGUGAGCUGCAGGCCGAGACCACGUAUUCAGUUGCUGUGGCAGCCUAUACAGCAAAGGGUGACGGGGCACGCAGCAAGCCAAAGCUGAUCACCACCACUGGUGCAGUUCCAGAUAAGCCUCGGCUAAUGGUCAGUGCUACCAACAUGCGCACAGCUCUCCUCCAGUGGCACCCCCCAGCCACAACUCAUGGGCCCCUGCAAGGCUACCGCCUCCGAUUUGGCCGUAAAGAUGUAGAUCCACUCACAGUCAUUGAGUUUCCCGAGAGAGAGAACCAUUAUACUACCAAAGAGAUCCAUAAGGGAGCCUCGUACACCUUCCGACUUUCAGCACGCAACAAGGUGGGCUUUGGUGAAGAGACUGUUAAAGAAGUCACCACUAAUGAGGACGUCCCAAGUGGAUACCCUCAGAGCAUUACAGCAGAGGCUGCCACCACAUCCACCAUUCAGGUUAGCUGGCGGCCUGUCUUGCUGGCAGAACAAAAUGGGCAAAUUGUGAAAUAUGCACUGCAAUACAAGGACAUCAACAGCCCACGUAGCCCUGCCGAACUUUUCAUCACAGCACCAGAAUCGACAGUCAUCUUGGAUGGCCUUAAGGCAGAUACAACUUACGAUAUUAAAAUGUGUGCCUUCACCACCAAGGGUUCUGGGCCCUAUAGCCCCAGUGUCCAAUUCAGGACACAGCCAUUGGAUCAAGCAGUGUUUGCAAAAAAUUUUCACGUGAAAGCUGCCAUGAAGACAUCAGUGCUGCUGACUUGGGAAAUCCCCGACACCUACAACCCAGCUCAACCUUUCACUAUCCUCUAUGAUAACGGACAAAGCGUGGAGGUUGACGGCAAGCUCACGCAGAAGCUAAUAACUGGUCUUCAACCUGAGACACAAUACUCCUUCCUCCUGACGAACCGUGGUAACAGUGCCGGAGGUCUGCAGCACCGUGUAUCCACAAUGACGGCACCAGAUGUUCUUCGCACCAAACCAUACCUGAUUGGAAAGACCAACUCUGAUGGUAUGGUGAUAGUGGAACUGCCAUCAGUUCAAACAUCUGAGCAAGUAAGGGGUUAUUACAUUGUGGUGGUACCUCUAAAGAAGCAGCGCACUGGCAAGUUUUUCAAACCCUGGGACAAUCCCGAUGAGAUGAACCUGGAGGAGCUCCUGAAGGAGAUUAACCGGACCAGCAGAGGUCUUCGACUGCGGAGACAAGCCGAGCCCAAAACCUACAUCGCUGCAUACUUCAAAGAGCUCCCGAAAGACUUCGCACUGGGCGACGGCAAGACCUACGGGGACUUUGAAAACAAGCAACUCCAGAACGGCCAGGAGUACAUCUUCUUUGUGCUUGCUGUUCUGGAGAUGUCUGAAAAUAUCAUGUAUGCCACUAGUCCCUACUCAGACCCAGUAGUCUCAGCUGACAUCGAUCCUCAGCCAAUCAUCGAUGAAGAGGAAGGUCUCAUCUGGGUGGUGGGCCCUGUCCUCGCCGUCAUCUUCAUCAUAUGCAUCGUUAUUGCCAUCCUCCUCUACAAGAGCAGCAAACCCGAUAGGAAAAGAGCUGAAUCUGAAGCUAGGAAAGGAAGUCUGCCCAACAGCAAAGAAAUGCCUCUGCAUCAUCCCACUGACCCCGUUGAACUUCGACGCCUCAACUUCCAAACACCUGGUUCAGGUGCGCCCAGUCACCCCAGUAACCUCCAUUUGUCAAGCAUGGCUAACCACCCUCCAAUCCCAAUCAUGGAGUUGGCGGACCACCUAGAGCGCCUGAAAGCAAAUGACAACCUCAAGUUCUCACAGGAAUAUGAGUCCAUCGACCCUGGCCAGCAGUUCACGUGGGAGCACUCCAACUUAGAGGUCAACAAACCAAAGAACAGAUAUGCCAACGUGAUUGCCUAUGACCACUCCAGAGUUCUGCUCUCCGCUAUUGAUGGUGUCCCUGGUAGUGACUACAUAAAUGCCAACUACAUUGACGGGUACAGAAAACAGAAUGCCUACAUUGCCACCCAGGGAUCAUUACCAGAAACAUUUGGAGAGUUCUGGAGGAUGAUUUGGGAACAAAGAAGUGCCAUCAUAGUCAUGAUGACCAAACUGGAGGAGAGGUCUCGGGUGAAAUGUGACCAAUACUGGCCAACAAGAGGGACAGAAACCUACGGUCUUAUCCAAGUAACACUGCUCGACACAGUAGAACUAGCCACAUACUGCGUCAGAACAUUUGCACUUUUUAAAAACGGUUCCAGUGAGAAGAGAGAGGUGAGGCAGUUCCAGUUUACAGCUUGGCCAGAUCACGGGGUGCCGGAACAUCCCACUCCCUUCCUGGCCUUUCUGAGACGGGUGAAAGCGUGCAACCCUCCAGAUGCCGGGCCCAUGGUUGUACACUGCAGUGCUGGGGUGGGGCGCACAGGUUGCUUCAUCGUGAUUGAUGCCAUGCUGGAACGUAUCAAACAUGAGAAGACUGUGGACAUCUACGGGCACGUAACAUUAAUGCGAGCCCAGCGCAACUACAUGGUGCAAACAGAGGACCAGUACGUCUUCAUACACGAUGCGCUCCAGGAGGCCGUCAACUGCGGCACCACCGAAGUGCCCGCUAGAAACCUAUAUGCCUACAUCCAGAAACUGACACAGAUAGAAGGUGGAGAGAACGUCACCGGAAUGGAACUGGAGUUUAAGCGUUUAGCAAACACUAAAGCCCAUACGUCACGAUUCAUCAGUGCCAAUCUCCCCUGCAACAAGUUCAAGAACCGCCUUGUGAACAUCAUGCCAUACGAGUCCACACGAGUGUGUCUUCAACCCAUUCGAGGAGUUGAGGGGUCCGACUACAUCAAUGCAAGUUUCAUUGAUGGCUACAGGCAACAGAAAGCCUAUAUUGCAACACAGGGACCACUGGCAGAGACCACAGAGGAUUUCUGGAGAAUGCUUUGGGAGCACAACUCUACAAUUGUUGUCAUGCUGACCAAGCUUCGAGAAAUGGGCAGGGAAAAAUGCCACCAGUACUGGCCAGCAGAGAGGUCGGCCAGAUAUCAGUACUUUGUGGUGGAUCCAAUGGCUGAGUAUAACAUGCCUCAGUAUAUCCUCAGAGAGUUCAAAGUAACUGAUGCUCGGGAUGGACAUUCACGGACAGUAAGGCAAUUUCAGUUCACAGACUGGCCUGAGCAAGGAGUGCCAAAAUCUGGAGAGGGCUUCAUCGAUUUCAUUGGACAAGUACAUAAAACAAAAGAACAGUUUGGCCAAGAUGGACCCAUCUCGGUCCACUGUAGUGCCGGUGUAGGUAGAGCUGGAGUUUUCAUCACCCUCAGCAUAGUCUUGGAACGAAUGAGAUAUGAGGGCGUAGUAGACAUCUUCCAGACGGUAAAAAUGCUACGGACGCAGAGACCAGCAAUGGUGCAGACAGAGGAUCAAUACCAGUUCUGUUACCGAGCUGGUUUGGAGUACCUGGGAAGCUUUGAUCACUAUGCAACGUAAACCACCCAGUCACGGAGGAAGAAAGCAGAGGGGCCUUUGGAAAGAGAAACCAGGGAGCCUUUCUUCUGAGCCAUAAAUUCUUGCUUGAGAAAGUACUCAACUCCUUGCUAACAACUCAUUAAGUGUUGGAUGUGCGACAAGACCUGAAAAA